AGUGAUUGUUCCUGUUCUCUUUCUUAAGUCAUUUGAAACAUUGUCCUUGCUAGUUUUCUAAGUUUACUGCAAUCUCUACACAGAGAGCAAGAGAGAUUGCCAACAGGAAAGCAGGUAGAGAGCUUAGCUCAUUCCACUUCAACAAUUGGUCCUUCAUUCACCUCAGUCUGACUACACCCAACCUCUGUGUUAAUGGUGGUUCUUGAAUAAUUGAACUCCCUCUUUCCCAGGAAGGCAGACAAUGCAGAAGGAAUUAAAUACGAUGAAAAAUGAGGAUGUAUGUUUCAAUGUUGACAAAACACACACAUCACACUGCCUGCAGCCAAUGGACCCUGAUGUGAAGUCACACAGAACUGCACCACUCAGUGAAGAAUUCAGGGCACAGCUUGCACAGUUCCAGUAUGGUCCUUCCCUGGGGGAUAUAGAAACCUUUCAUGGAUCCUUAGAAGGAGGGUCCCGGAAACGCAAAAGCAUGCCCACAAAAAUGCCUCACACUAUCCCCACAGGAGAUCCUACAUCACCAUCACAUGGAUCUGAAAACAACAACGUAUGCUCCCCCAGUCUUUCUUUGAUGUACCAACAACCCACACAGCCCAAAUACAACUCCCAAAUGAUUGAUCUUUGUAACAUUGGCUUUCAGUUCUACAGAAAUCUGGAACACUUUGGAGCCAAGCCCAUUAAACAAGAACCAGUAAAGCCCAACAUGAUGUGGCCCAACACUUCUGCAUUUGUGCAGACUCCUUACUCUUAUUACCCAAAAGUCCACCCUGGCUUGAUGUUUCCUUUUAUUAUGCCCCCAAACUUCCAUUUGAGGAAUUCCUUCCAACUGAAAAGACCCCUGGAGCCAGCAUUCAGGAGGACUGAACUGAGGGAAAGUGGUGACAGUAAACAGAAGGUGGAAAGAGUAGAUGUCAACCUCCAGAUUGACGACAGCUAUUAUGUUGAUGUAGGGGGAGAACAAAAACGAUGGCAAUGCCCAAUGUGUGAAAAGUCCUACACUUCCAAGUACAACCUGGUCACCCACAUCUUGGGACAUAGCGGCAUCAAACCUCAUGCUUGCACUCGGUGUGGCAAGCUUUUCAAGCAGCUGAGUCACUUGCACACUCAUAUGUUGACACACCAGGGCACUCGACCACAUAAGUGCCAGGUGUGUCACAAGGCUUUCACCCAAACCAGUCACCUGAAGAGACAUAUGAUGCAACACAGUGACAUCAAGCCCUACAACUGUAGGAUCUGUGGCAGAGGUUUUGCCUAUCCAAGUGAACUGAAAGCCCAUGAGUCCAAGCAUGAGAGUGGCCGAGAGAACAUUUGUGUGGAAUGUGGUCUUGACUUUCCAACCCUGGCCCAGCUGAAGAGACAUUUAACAACCCAUCGAGGUCCUAUACAAUACAAUUGCACAGAAUGUGAUAAAACUUUCCAGUACCCAAGCCAGCUGCAAAAUCACAUGAUGAAGCACAAAGACAUCCGUCCAUACAUCUGUACUGAAUGUGGCAUGGAGUUUGUACAGCCCCACCAUCUCAAGCAACACUCUUUAACCCACAAGGGUGUGAAAGAGCACAAAUGUGGGAUCUGUGGCCGGGAGUUUACUCUGCUAGCCAACAUGAAGAGACAUGUGUUGAUCCACACCAAUAUCCGAGCCUACCAGUGUCACCUGUGCUUCAAGAGCUUUGUGCAGAAACAGACUCUGAAGGCACACAUGAUUGUUCACUCUGAUGUCAAGCCCUUUAAAUGCAAGCUGUGCGGGAAGGAAUUUAACAGAAUGCACAAUUUAAUGGGACACAUGCACUUGCAUUCAGACAGCAAACCAUUCAAGUGUCUCUACUGUCCCAGCAAAUUCACCUUGAAGGGAAACCUCACCAGACACAUGAAAGUCAAACACGGGGUCAUGGAAAGAGGAUUUCAUUCUCAAGGUUUUGGAAGAGGAAGAAUUACACUGUCCCAAACAGGUGUCUUGAGAAACUUGGAACAGGAAGAGCCUUUUGACCUUUCCCAGAAAAGCCAAGGGAAAGGAAUUUCAUUUCAUUCUGAUGGUGAGAGUGCCAAGGGAAGCUCAUGUCAGGAGGAAGAGGAAGACAACUGCUAUGAAGCAGAGCAGUACAGUCCUGUCAUGUACCAUCAUGAAAACAACAAGCUAUAUAUGCCCCGAGAUCUGUCUAGCAAACCAGACUACGUGGUGAAAGAUUUCAAAGAGUCCUACUGUGAUGAGAAGGAGGAAAUGUUGAGAGAAGUAGGACUGGAGAAGGGGAAAGGAAAUCAAGACAAAGAAGAGAACCAAGAGGAGAGAGGCUUUGCGAAUAACAAGGAAUGCCUGAGCUUUAGACCCUUUGAAAAAGCCAGACUCAGCCAUUCUCUCUCUGAUUACCUAUACUUCAAACACAGGAAGAACAGUUUAAAAGAAUUACUGGAAAGGAAAAUGGAAAAACAAGCAAUGCUUAUAGGCAUCUAAAUUGACAAUUUUUAAGUUACACUUGGAAACUGAGAACUAGGCAGUACAAUCAUGGCUCUUAACAUGAAUUGUGAUUGCCAAAGAUUGGCAGCUUGUAAAAGUCUUUCAGGAUGAACAAGCCAAAUCAAUACAGAUCAUUUUAAGGUAAAAAAAAUAUAGAAUAUUGUAUUUUCUGGUGUAAUUUGACUGCUUUGUUCUUCUGAUAUACAUCAACAUUUUCAUAUGUAUUCAUUUGAUAUAUAAGCAGACAAUAGGGUGGGAAUCGAGGUUUUAUUUCCUUUAUCUAGGACAAUACCAACUUAUACACAAUUUUCUAGUUAUCAAAAAGCAGUGUACUGUAGUGUUUGAGGUAUUAGCUGACUAAAGAAUAAAUAAGAACACUUAUUUCUGCAGGUUUCAAGAGCUCAAAAUAUGCUAAGUAUUUUACAGCAUAUGCAAAAGUAUUUUAAAUAUGCAUGAUGAAAAUACUGUCUGUCAUUCAUCUCAGAACUAACACAACCAAGAGGUUCUGAGUUAUUGAAAAUGACUGCUUUAAUGCAUAUGUUUACAGUGGGAAAUGGGAAACAAAAUAAGAUGAAACUCUAAUGUCUUGUCAGAUGGGCAACAACUUUAUAAUUCACACUCUUGUGAAAGGACUAGAAUUGGUUUAGAGGUAGGGUGACCAGAUAUCCUAAUUUUAUAGGGACGGUCCCGAUUGUUGGGUCUUUUUCUUAUAUAGGCUCCUAUUACCCCCCACCCCCGUCCCGAUUUUUCACACUUGCUGUCUGGUCACCCUAUUUAGAGGCCUUUUUUCUGUGACAUAGGGUAUAGUAAUGCUUUGCUGCAUCUCUAUCAGCAUGGGAGCAUUUAACAAUUCUUGAAAUUAAAUAUCAUGGACUGAGCUGACAUUUUAUUUUAUUGUUUGUUCAGGCCAAUACAUUUGAGGAGCAGCAGCACAUUGUAUUUGCAAGUUUUGCUAUAAUUGCACAUAAGCAAUAAGAGAGAAUUAAUUUAGUUGAGCACAAUGGUAAAUUUUUCCCAUUAAUCUCUCACCUUGAUUUUGGAGAGCUGUGCUAUUUUGAAAUCCAAUAUCUGAACUGCUUUUGUUUUAAAAGAAACAUCAAAACAAAAUACCCGUUGCCCUGCCCAAAAAUACCCCACAAAAUCACUGGGGUCUUGUUGUACUUCAAAUCUCCCUUGAUUUGACCCAUAAACUUUCUCCCAUGAAUAUAACUGACCAAUAGGAUCCAGCACUUUCAGGUGAUUAAUGGAAAAUAGAGUGCUACUCGGGCUAUUCUUAAUAACUCAGUCCCAAAUUUUCAUCCUUGGACUCAUGUCUUAUUAUAUUGUAUCAGGUCCCAGACAGGGAGCACUUUAUUUUUAAGCAGUAUUAGUAGGUAUUCAUGUAGUAUACGUGGAGUACUUUGACAGAGCACCCUAUGUCCUUUUCUCUGGUCAAUAGUAAAAGCAUUUCUCAAUGCACAUUCCUUUAAAUGUAGAAUUUUUUUUUUCCAAUCAGUGCCCUGGUUCCUGUAACUUUGAAAGAUAUGGCAAAGAGCCCAAAGCCAUACUGUCACUUGAAAAGGAAAUGAUAACGUUCUAAUACCUUUUUAAUUAACUGUGUCCUGUUGAGUUUCAAAAUCAAUAACCUAAUAUGUUUAGAUUUACAUAUGGAUACAUAUAUUUUGAAAAAUAUAUGAAAAUGAUUUCCCUUUAUCUACCUGUCAAGCCCUCAAUUUAGGAUUGUGUUUUACCCCUGCAAUAUUUGAUGUCUACAGCACAUGAAUUUGUUACAAGAGACACAACUAUUAUAGAAAAUAUGUUCAUGGGUUAUUAGAAACACAUUCUGAUUGCAUCUGCUUCAAAAUCUCAGUCUUCUACCACUAAAGGAUACCCUCUUGGCUCAUGGAAGUAGUUCUCACAUCCUUUCUGUUGGUCACCCACUACAGGGAAAUACCACUCAUGUAUGGUGUAGCAUGCUGGGUUUGUGCAGUUUGACUCCGUAGGAAAAAUAUGCUGUCAUUUCUGUCCACCUUCCAAGGCAAAUAUAUGGGACACAACAAAUAACAAAUAUUCUGAAUGAGGAGCACAAAAAUAUUACUCCUCCAGGAAACUUAAGGAUGGUGGAUCUAUUUCUAUAGUGUAAUUAACUCUUUCUGAUGUGAAUAAUUUUAACAAUAAAAGCCCGGGUAAACCAAAUUUGUGUGGAAUGCAGGUAACUUUGGGACUAAAAUGAAUGAUACCACCCAAAAUGAGGUACAUUUGAAAGAACAUAAGAACAGCCAUACUGGGUCAGACCAAAGGUCCAUCUAGCCCAGUAUCCUGUCUUCUGACAGUGGCCAACGCCAGAUGCCCCAGAGGAAUGAACAGAACAGGUAAUC